AGAAGAGAAAGAAUAUAGGCGUGCAUAUUCGCAAGCUCUCCAAGAAGGUAAAGCAAAAAAUAAUCGAAUUCCGAUUAUGCUGGUCGGGCAAGACCGAGGCGGAAAGACGUCGCUGAUGAGACGUCUUUUGGGAUUGCCAUUCAACAAAGAUCAACCCAGUACCACUGGUAUUGACGUUAAUGUUAUCGAGCUAUCAGAACAAAAUGCGGAAGAUCCCUGGGAAAAAAGAGAAGUGAAGAAGUUUAUGACCAGUGAAAGUGAGGCAAAGACUGUGUUAUACAAAAAAGCUGCCGAGUACCUUGAUAGAGGAGUUCAUAUUAUUUUAGAAGACAUUGAUAGUGACUUUGACAUUGAUAGUGGAGUUAAGGGGUAUUUUGAAGGGGAUGCGCCAGAACCAGUGAAGCCAGCGAAGAGAAGAAAAUUAUUAAGAAAAGAAAUCACCGAAAUCAAAUCGCAGAGAUCCACUGAACACGACCAGAAAGAAGUUCUUCGGAUAUUUGUAAGUGACUUUGCUGGACAGUCAAUCUAUUACGAUACCCAUGGCUGCUUUGUGAAACCGCAUUGCCCUUACGUUUUGGUUCACAACCUUUCUCUGGAGUUUGAUAAACCCGCCGUUCCCAGGUUUAAAGCAAGUGACGAAGAGGAAGAGAUAGAAUUGAAGAAUCCUCAUCUUAAUACCAAUUUAGAUCAUUUUACAUCAUGGUUGAAGUUUCUGCAAGGUUUAGGAGAAUGCCAAGAUCAAAAGUUUUCUGAUAAAUCUGGUCACUGUACCACUGCAAAAGGUGAGAACUUUAAACUGCCACCAGUUUUAAUAGCCUUAACUCACAGUGAUGAGGUGAAAGGCAACCAUGGAAAAAUAAAUUGCGUACGAGAGAGAAUCAGGAAGGUCCUGUCUGGAGAAAAAUAUGAGAUUGUCGACCCAAAGUUUUUCCUGAUCGACAAUACAUUGGAAAACGACGGCGGAGACGACGUGCGAAAGCCUCGUAGGAAGCUUUUUGACCUCUCGAAUGCCGUCCUUAACCAGGAGAUUUUAAUGCCUGUGAAGUGGCUAAAUUUUGAAGUUGCUCUAAGCCAGAAGCUAUCACCAGAUUGCAAGUAUAUCCCAUUUGACGAAGCUAAGCGAGUAGCGCAGGCCUGUGGCGUUGGGGAGUUUGAUCAAGCUAUUACAUUUCUACACCGCCAAGGUGUGGUCGUACACCACAGUGGAUCCAGUAAGGUUGUAUUGGAUCCUCACUGGCUAAUGAAUCGCUUUACGAAAGUGAUCUCCAUGCCUGGCAAAUUGGAUGCCUUGUCCAGGCACGCUCUUGAUGUGUUCAAGCAGAAAGGCAUUUUGUUUCGAGAAUAUCUUGAGACGCUGCAAGACGCAGAACUUUUAAACGAGCUUAUGCAAAAGUUUAAUUUGAUUUGUUCUUGUCAGCACGAUGGAGAGGCAGCUUUUUAUGUCCCUUCAGUUGCCCCAACUAUGAAACCAGGAAAAGAGUUGGAAGCUAGCAAAAAGCAGAUAAAUGUUCCAUCGCUGUUUGUGACGUUUCCUCGCCAACUUGUGCCGAUAAGCUUGUUCACGAAGCUUCAAGUUAAGUUAAUUUCUGAGUGGAAAAAGCUCUUUCCCAAACAACAAGUUACGCCUUCCUUCUACAGCAACUACUCCUUGCUUCCUCUUAUGAUAGACGGCUGCGUGUAUGACGUUUGUUUAAUCGACCUUCACGAAUUCAUUAAAGUUGCCGUUUUUCCAAAACAGGAUGGCGACCAUUUCAAGUUUGCCAGUCAUCUCCUAGCCACCUUGAAAAAGUGCUUGGACGACCUUAAAUCUCCAGACCAACUAUUAUUCAGCAUGACCAGCUAUGACUUUGAAGUGGAAUGUACCUGCUGCUUUGGUAAAGAAGAAACAAAAUGUUCUCGUCAUCAUGAGAUCCAGUGUCAUUCAGACCGUUGUGGGCACCGCCACUUCUUGAAGCUUAGUGACCUUCAGCGAUUGUAUAACAAUCAAUCUUUUGUAUAUGUUUGCCAGUCGAACAAACACUCGUCCGAGACGUUUGACGUAAAGAGUGUAAAAAUUUGGCUCGAUACUGGUGAGUGGCUAAUGCUAAAGGGGUUUCCACUUUGCCAGUUUUGAAAUGUUUAUUUGACAUUUUUUAAUCAUUUAAGCUGGAGUAAUACGAGCAACAAAAUUGCUGCAACUUGGAACAAAAUCUGAUUUCAACGCAUGUUAAGUAUAAAUGUUGACACAUGUUGCCUCGUGAUUUGUAAUUUAUGUGUAAACAUUUUCAAUUAACACGCGUAGAAAUCAGAUUUUGUUGCAAGUUGCAGCAAUUUUGUUGCCCGUUGAUAUGGCGAUUUCUCUCAUUCCGCUGAUAUGGCGAUUUCUUUGACGACUGCAAUAUAUUUCUGAAUCGUUUGUGUGAAUUGCUCCUUAUUAUUAAAAUAUCCAAAAUUAGAACAAAGCCGAACAGAAUUUUGAAGCUGACGUCUUUAGCUAUGUCCUGUGAAAAUUUGAGAAAAAUUCGUUAAAACCCGCAGGAGCACAACUCGUUAAAAAAUCAGUUAUUGCCGUAAAAUUGUUCGCGAGAAAAUUGAAUUUGAAUAUUACAUUUUCAAUGUUUUUCUUAUUGCAAGCGAAAUGUAUUUUAUUAAAUUAAAUAAAUCUGCGAGUUUUCAACAUUUUUCGUCCAAACUUGGUCAGAUAGUAUAGAACUAGUCUAAUGCUUUCAUGGAAACCAAUAAAAAAAUUUUAGGCAAAAUUAACACUCAAAGGUGUUCUGUAAGCUUAAUAUGGCAUUGCUUCUGUAUAGUUUUCCUUGGUUGUGUGCGCUGGUUGGUCGAAACAAAAAGAUCCCUCGUCCACAUUUGUACCUCACAGUUAAAAGAGGAGUGAAGAUAUCGUUUGUACGACGUGAACUUGAAGAGAAAUUCAAGUGUGACGACGCUAAGGAACACUUUGAACUCUUUCGAGAACCUGAAAGAAAACCAAAAAUUAAAUAUUUGGGUCUACUUUUAAGUAAAUUGAGAUGUAAAUCAUCUUCUGUCUCACCAGCACCUGGUGGUGUUGUAUUAGCUUGCAGUAACCCCAGUUAUACCAAUCAAAACCCUUUACGAGUACCUGAAGAAAACGAGAAAGUUGAUGUACCUCAGGUCCAGGGAACUGGGACUUUAACCAUGUUUUGCGCCCUCAAUGGACAACAUUAUGCACUCAUCUGCUUUCAUGUUGGUUGUGCAACUGAUGAAAGCUGUUUAAACGCCGCAUUCAAUAAAGUAGAAGAUGUUCAGAUGAUGCGCAAUUCACUUCCAGCUUAUGAAAGUUAUGCAAAGAAACAGCAAUAUUAUUUUACACAAGGCAAUACAGAGAACGACAAUAAGCCCAUCUUAUUUGGAGACGAUGGAACAGACUGCACGCGUCUUGGUGGUUUUGACAAUUAUCAUUUUGACAACGAAUGCAUUUUGUCUCUAAAAGUUUUGCAUGGCGUUAAAAUUGAUUGCAAAAUAGCGGAUGCAGCUUCUCCUGAUUGGGAUAGUAUAUGGGAUGAAUUGUAUGAGAGUGAUAGUGAUAGUAAUCCAGUGAAAGUGGAGAAAACCGGUUUUUCAUCGGCGUUAACCCGUGGCUAUAUUGUUCCUUGUGAUUUUAGUUAA